CAGUGAACACCACAGUCAAAGAAUAACUGGAAGUGACUAAGUGUGGAUCACAGGCAUAAGAGGAACAGAAGCACUUUUCCUUUUUUUUUGCCUUAUCAUCAUGAACUGAUGGAUUUUUUUUCGAAUUGAAGAAAAGUGGAUGAAGUGUACUUACAGCCAAAAUAAGUAAAAAAAAUUAUAUGUAUUUGACGAUCAUAAUGGGAUAAUGUUUAUUGGAAUUUGUCGACAGUCAAAAAUGGCUUGCCUGGCCAGGCUGGAUAUUGAAAGUUGACUAAAGAAAGUUCAAUAUAAUCAAUUUCUGCACUAAACCCACAAUUUAUAGACUAGAAGUGGACACAUAUUUUUUUAAAAUGUUGUACGUUUUUUUGGUCGACACUGGAGCAAUGCAGACGUUUGAAAUGGAGUUGGCAAUGGAAAGUGUUGAGACAUUGAUGAAAUCAAUUGAAUCUACUUUGCUGAUUCCUGUUGAAAAACAAGUAUUGAUAACACCUGAGGGAGAAGCACUGGAUCCUAGUCAUCGUAUAUGCAACUAUUCAAGUGCAGGGACUGAAAGCAAUCCCAUAUUCUUAUUCAGCAAAAUAAAGAUUGAAUCUCCUGUGCCACCAUCACCAAGUUUGAACAUGGGUUCAGAGACCGCUCUUCAAGAAGAAGUAGAAAAAUCUCUGAAUUUGCAUCCGACUUAUGAAACACUAGUUUCCAGGUCACAGCUUGCUUCGACAUUUGAAGAAAUGUCUAUGGCAAUGCUUGAUAGCUCUGUAUCACUUAUCCAUGAACAAAUGCUUCAAAGAAAUGGUUGGUUUGCGGUGGUGGCAAACUUGGAAAAUAUUGCAAAAACAUUUGAAACUCGUGCUUUGAUUCUAGAAGAAAAUUUUGCUGAAUUCAAGGAGUUGACUCCCUCGUACCGAUCUCUUUUGGAUAGUUUUCCUACCAUAAUUGACCAACUAUCGAGGCUGCCUGUGUUUGAAUGUUUGAUCAACGAUGAAAUAAAAUCAAGUUCAUCCAAUAACGGCAAGUUUUCUUUGCUCGACUGGAUAAAUGCUCAGGAUGAAAGGAAUAGUCUAAAUGAUACUGUUAAACAAUGUGAAGAUGCUUUGGCACAGUUCGAGAACUCCUCUUUGCUGGAGAUACAGAAAGAUCGUGUUCAAGUACUUGGUGACGUUUCAAACACGAACAUGAAAGAAAUCGGUGGUUUGGAGGAACGGCUGGCAAUGUUGGAAAAAUUGAAGGAAAAAGCGUGUGCUUUCUCUGAAGAACAAGCUGAUAUGGCGAAAGGGUUUUUUCAGAAUCAAAUGAGAGCUCAGAAUAUUGGUGAUCCAUCUGUAUUGCCAGAUCUUUGCUCCAGCCAUCAAGCCCAACUUUCUUUAAUGAUGCACAAUCAUACACAGUUAAGAGACAUACGUCGUAGAUGUGCGAAAGCGAAAGAUGAACUUUCUGUUAAUCUACACACACGUCUGAGAUGGGUAAUGAUGAUAGAGAAGAAAAUUUGUGAUUGUGAUAAUAAGCUGGUGUUUUAUCACGAAAGCAUGAAAAGAAUGAAGAAACGCAUGGAAAUUUUGGAGCAAAUUAGUUUUGCUCCUCGCACUUAUGCUUUGACAGUAAAAGAAGUUAUUCGAAGACGAGAAUUUACUUCACAUUUUACUAAGUGGGCGAAAGAUGUGUAUCAGCAGUCAGAUUCAGUUUGUCAGGAAGAAAUUGCUCAUCGACAUAAAUAUUUUGACUGUGUUGGAAACCACUUUGUUCUAAUUCUUUUUAAUGGAAUUGAGGAACUUCCAAAGCAGUACAUUACCGUCCCUGAAAACCUUGACAUUGAAUUACCUUCGCUUUCAUUCUCUCAUCUCGAUGAACUAUUAAAACUUGUGCCAGAGUUGUUCGAAAAUUGCUUGGAUUAUUUGACUAGAGAAAAACUACACGCAGACAAGGAAAGAAAGUCUUCAAGUUGUUGCAAUCUAUCUACAGUGAAAGAAAUUGAAAUAAAAUCAUCAGAUACCAUUGAUGGUAAAGUCAUCGAUGAAGAUACGAUGAGGACUAAAGAGGUUGAAAUAAAAUCAUCAUCAGAUACCAUUGAUGGUAAAGUCAUCAAUGAAGAUACGAUGAGGACUGAAGAGGUUGAAAUAAAAUCAUCAUCAGAUACCAUUGAUGGUAAAGUCAUCAAUGAAGAUACGAUGAGGACUGAAGAGGUUGAAAUAAAAUCAUCAUCAGAUACCAUUGAUGGUAAAGUCAUCGAUAAAGAUAAAAUCAGGACUGGUAUUGAAAGUACGAGUGAACAGGAAAACGAACGUUUUGUCGAAAACAGUGGUGCUGGUAACGUUGAGAAGAGCAAGGACUGUGAAAAUUGUUGUUUCGAAAACCGUGAACUACUGAAAGAGUUGAGUGAAAAUGUCGAUAACUUAAAGAAGAAAACGAGUGGACUUAACUAUGAGAAUGAAUCAUUGAGGAAAGAAAUUGAAGCGAAAGAUAGAAAUUUUUCCGAGAAAGAACUAAUGUAUCAAAGGGAUCUUGAACGACAAAAACUUUACGCCUCUGAGUUGGAAGCGGCUAAAGAAUCGUUUGAAUCAGAACAGCAAAUUCGAUUCAACAGCGCGAUUGGUCGAGUUUUGAAAGAGAAAGAGGUAGCUUUGAAGAAAGCCGAUGAGCAACUACUCAAUUUCAAGUUUUUGCAGGAGAAAAGUGAUGAGAAACUUCAAGUUAUUUUUAAUGAAAAAGAAGCUUUGAGACAGGAAAGCGACGAGGUGUCGAAAAAACUGAUAAAUACUGAGAGAAUGGUUUCCCAACUCGAGUUGGAAUUGGAGAAAUCUAAAGUAGAGGCACUGGAACAUAUUAAAGAAAAAGAAAGAGAGUAUACGAAACAAUUGGAGAAUCAAAGAGACGAAGCUGCGAGGGUACUUGAAUCAGAGAAAUUAAAGUGGGAAGCUGAAUCUGGAUCAGGCUCUGGGCAAAUCAUCAGUGAGCUUGUUGUAGAUCGUUUCAAAAAAAGAAUCAAAUAUCUAGAGGAGGAAAAUGAUUUGUUAAAAAAACGUAUGAAGUCCACUGUGGAUGGCGAUAUGAAACUUUCGUUUGUUGAGCUACAACAGAAGUUGAACGACAAAUGUAAAGAGUGUGAUUCUCUGCGAGCAGAAUUAGAGCUAUUGAAGCAAACACCGCAAAAUUCUCAAGUUGUUUCCAAAGAUUUACAGAAAGGUGAUAUCGUGGAAGUUUAUUAUAACGAGCAGUACGAUCAUUACAUGAUUAAGGCUCAUGGAGAAACUCUUCACUUUGUUCACCCAGACUCUUUGAUCAGUAUAGAGUUGCCAGAAUCAAAGUCAGGGCAUUCAUUAAAAGCUCAAAUUUUGGAGAAAGAGUAUUGUCAAGCGAAAAAGGCUAACAACAGAUUUAAAGUUAAUACCGGAACAAAGUUUUAUCGCGUCAAAGUUCGAGUGUGUUGACUUCGAGCUCUUACCACGCAAAUGACAAUAUGUUCAUAUUUCAUCUGCACGGCAAAAAAGUUGCCCUUGAUGGUCACACGAUAAAGUAACGGCAUAAAAGAAACGUAUUCUAAAUUCUAAAGAGAGCUGCUUGGCUAGAUUGCUUUUUUAUGAUCAUAUGAACUUUGCAAAGUUUAGCACUUUCAGCUCAACAUUUUAUUGAGUAAAAACUUAAGAGACUAUAAGAAGAGGAUCAGCUCUUCUUCAAGUUCGAAAUCACUAUCUGCUAAUGUAAUGGUUUAGAUUUGCAAAUUGCUAAUGCCCACAUUUAAAGGAAUGAUAUCACACUCCCUGCCUUACGUCUGAAUGAACCACUUUGAGCUUAACCAUGCUAUGGCUGUAUACUUGCUGAUAACGGCUUUUAGUUCUAAUGAAAUUUAAUGUUUAUCUUUGUUGA